CUAUUGCUACGCGUGUGGGGCGAUUUAUAGAUUCCCUCUCUCUCUCUUCUCACUUGAAGCCCGCAGGUUGUCGAUCCAAACACCGCAAAAUCGAAGCACAAGAGUUCCAUCAGCAGCCCGCCGCGUAAACCGACAUAGUUCUGUUUGGAAUCCCAAUUCGUGACGCAGACGACCCAGAUCGACUUCUGUCGUUGAUUGAGGACUAUUCUCUUAGCCUAAUUCCUCUUUCUCUCACCCUCAAGCUCCGUACUUUGCAGGUCGAACAAUGCCGAAGGUGAAGACAAACCGUGUAAAAUUUCCGGAAGGAUGGGAAUUGAUUGAGCCUACGCUUCGUGAACUACAAGCAAAGAUGAGAGAAGCUGAGAAUGAUCCUCAUGACGGUAAGAGAAAAUGCGAGACAUUGUGGCCUAUUUUCAAAGUUGCACACCAGAAGAGCCGCUAUAUUUUUGACCUUUACCACCGGAGGAAGGAGAUAUCCAAGGAGUUGUAUGAGUUCUGCUUGGACCAAGGCUAUGCUGACCGCAAUCUUCUUGCGAAGUGGAAGAAGCCGGGUUAUGAACGUUUGUGUUGCUUGAGAUGCAUGCAGCCCCGGGAUCACAACUUUGCUACAACUUGUGUCUGCCGUGUGCCAAAACACUUGAGGGAAGAAAAGGUUAUUGAAUGUGUCCAUUGUGGAUGUAAAGGCUGUGCAAGCGGAGAUUAGAUUUGUCUUGUUCUUUUGGCCUCUCCUUCUUAGUUACCAAGGGGGGCUUGGAAUGUAGUUGCUGCUACCCCCUGAUUAUCUAUUUCUGUAAAUUUUCCUUGAGCUACUGUACCUCUGAACCUGAAUUUUUGCUACGAAUGUUAUGUCUUGGAUUGAGAUAUGUUGGCUGUGGCAAUUAAACAUAGAUAAGACAUUGAAUUGACUUAA